UUGUUUUUUUUUUUUUUUUCCUUCCAGUCCUAGACAUUAAAGCCAGGGCCUUGUGCAUGAUCGGCUAUGAUAGAAAGUGGUGGUCCAGACCCCCCCACAAAGCACUUACAGGGAGCGGCCUCUGUGCCCACAAGGUCAAAUUUUAAGAGGAAGAAACAAAAGAAAAACCUGAGAGAGCAGAUGUGGAAUGUCUCUGGCAAUAACAGACUCCAGCUCAGCCCACCUGUCCUCAAACCGAAUCAGAUGUCAUGGCACCCCCAGUACCGCAGCUCCAAGUUCCGGCAUGUCUACGGCAAGCCCGCCAGCAAAGAGAACUGCUACGACUCGGUGCCCAUCACACGCAGCGUCCAUGACAACCACUUCUGUGCCGUGAACCCCCAUUUCAUCGCUGUGGUCACUGAAUGCGCCGGCGGGGGCGCCUUCCUCGUCAUCCCCUUGCACCAGACGGGAAAGUUGGACCCUCACUACCCCAAGAUCUGCGGGCACAGAGGGAACGUCCUGGACAUCAAGUGGAAUCCUUUUAAUGACUUUGAGAUCGCCUCCUGUUCCGAAGAUGCCACGAUCAAGAUCUGGAACAUCCCCAAGCAGCUGUUGGCCAGGAACCUCACAACCUACAGGAAAGAACUAGUGGGUCAUUCGCGCCGGGUGGGGCUCGUGGAGUGGCACCCCACGGCCGCCAACAUCCUCUUCAGCGCUGGCUAUGACUACAAGGUGAUGGUGUGGAACCUGGACACAAAGGAGUCUGUAAUUGGAAACCCCGUGAGGACAAUCACCUGUCACCAAGAUGUGAUCCUCUCCAUGUCCUUCAACACCAAUGGCAGCCUGCUGGCCACCACCUGUAAGGAUCGAAAGAUUCGGGUUGUCGAACCCCGACGAGGGAUUGUCCUCCAGGAAGCCAGCUACAAGGGGCACCGGGCCAACAAGGUGCUGUUCCUGGGGAGUCUCAAGAAGCUGCUCUCCACAGGUACCUCCCGAUGGAACAACCGGCAGAUGGCCCUGUGGGACCAGGACAACCUUUCCGUGCCCCUCACAGAGGAGGACCUGGAUGGCUCCUCGGGUGUGUUGUUCCCCUUCUACGACCCGGACACCAGCAUACUGUACAUUGUGGGGAAGGGAGAUGGGAACAUCCGAUACUAUGAAGUGAGCACUGAGAAGCCUUACCUGAGCUACCUGACUGAAUACCGUUCCUACAACCCACAGAAGGGGAUUGGUAUCAUGCCAAAGAGAGGUCUCGAUGUGUCUUCCUGCGAGAUCUACCGCUUCUACAAGCUGAUCACAACCAAAAGCCUCAUUGAGCCCGUGUCCAUGAUUGUACCCCGGAGGUCAGAAUCCUACCAAGAGGACAUCUACCCACCCACGGCAGCAGCCCAGCCCUCCCUGACAGCCCGAGAGUGGCUCAGUGGAAUGAACGGAGAGCCCAUCAUGAUGUCCCUUAGACCCGGCUCCGAGCUGCUGGACUCCCAGCCACUGCCUCCAGAGAGACUCCUCUCUAGUUCUGUGGUCCAAGCUUCACCCAGACCCUUGGAACCCAUGGCACAGCUGGCCACCGAUGAUGGCCAGACGCCCUGCUCUCGGCUGGAAGAAAAGGCACCAAAGUGGGCCCUGGAGCAGAAGCUGGAGAAGUCCUGGCUCACCAAUGGCUAUGAUGUUUUUGAAUGCCCCCCACCAAAGACAGAAAAUGAGCUGCUGCAGAUGUUCUACCGGCAACAGGAGGAGAUCCGGAGGCUCCGGGAGCUGCUGAUGCAGAGAGAGGUUCAGACCAAGCAGCUGGAACUGGAGAUCAAAAACCUGCGGAUGGGCUUAGGACAUUUCUGAGCAGAGGUCUCCGCCACCCUUGCCCUCAGGGACAUCACUAGGCUCUGUGGGGAGGUCCAGACCAAACCAUAGGUCCCCGAGAAAAACCACUAUUUCUAUAUUUUAUACCAGAAAACAAAAUUCUCAGUCGCUGAAAGAGAUCCCAGUGGGACACGG